CUCCUAAAAUUGUCGGUGCUCUCCCCUCUUACUUCUCCAAAAAUCUCGCCUAAACAUUCCAUAAACCGCUCAUAUGUCUGCAGCAGCAGGACUCGAAGCGGGCCCUUCGCAACGAGAACAUCGACAACCGCCUUCAAUAGCAUUAAUCAAAAGAUGGCCGGAUAUCGCUUUAAUUAUACCCAACAGUGGUAGUAUGGCAAGAGACAUGUUGGCCAACGAACGCAACUUUUUAACCUUCUUUAAACUCGCUUGUACCCUCGUGGUACUUGGUUUCACGGUUUUACUGAAGUUCCGAUUACCAGACGACCACGGUAGCUUACCUGAUGAAUGGGCAGAUGAUUCAGUGACUCGACCCAUCGGGUACACUUUCAUUGCAAUCGGGUUCUCUGCACUCUUGACGGCUGUUGGCAAAUAUUUCAAAACACAGCGCAUGCUGGCGAAAAGCAUCAACUUUAUUCAGGCCGGAUGGGGAAGUUUUAUUAUCGUAUCCCUUCUUUUCACACUUGCCUGUGUGGUCAUGAUAUUGGCAUCGCUCAAUUCCAGCCUAUUCACUAUACCCUCAUAAACCCAAUACAAUCUUUUUUUAUCAAUAUCGUGA